GUCCCGGCGCCGGGCGCACUCCUCCUCCUCCUCGUUCUCCUCCUUGUUCUCCUCCUUCUUCUCUUCCUCCGGUCCCGCGAGUUCCUCUCCGGGGAAAGUCGGCUUUGCAAGGGACAAGGAGGCUUGCUUCCUUCGGAGCAAUGGGGAGCCGGGUGCCUGGGGUGCUGCUGCUGCUGCUGUUCUUGUGCUUGAGCAUCUUCUCCAGAGGCAGCUCCGCCGAGGAAGAGAAAGACUUUCUCUCGGUGCAAGAGGAGACGGCGCCUCCCGGGGAAGAAGAUGAUAGUAUAUCUCAGCUGCUAAUUCCAGAAGAAGCGCCUUCAACAGCUCAGAAGCGGCAAGUGAAAUUCAAUGUUCGUGUAGCGACAGACCCAGAAGACAAAGGCUGCUACCUCACUAUUGGCCAAGAGCAGCAUCUAGAAGACUGCAAGUUCAAUGUCUCUGCUAAAAGCUUUUUCAUAAUUCAUGGUUGGACGAUGAGUGGCCUGUUUGAGCGGUGGCUGGGCAGCCUGGUGUCGGCUUUGCAGGAGCGCGAGAAGGAGGCCAACGUGGUGGUGGUGGACUGGUUGACCCUGGCCCACCAGCUGUACCCCAACGCGGUCAACAACACCAGGGUGGUUGGAAAAGAGCUUGCAAAGCUGCUGGACUGGUUACAGGAGAAAGAGGGCUUCCAGCACAAGAAUGUCCACUUGAUUGGCUACAGCCUUGGCGCUCACGUGGCUGGCUUCACCGGCAACUAUGCCCAUGGGACGAUAGGCAGGAUCACAGGCUUGGACCCGGCUGGCCCAAUGUUUGAAGGCGCCGAACCCAACCGGCGCCUCUCUCCCGACGAUGCAGAUUUUGUGGACGUCUUGCACACUUACACGCGGGAAGCGCUGGGCAUUAGCAUUGGCAUCCAGAUGCCUGUGGGGCACAUCGACGUCUAUCCCAAUGGAGGAGACAACCAGCCAGGAUGCGGCCUUGGGGAGGUCUUGGGAGCACUUGCUUAUGGCAAUAUCGGUGACGCGGUGAGGUGUGAGCACGAAAGGUCUGUGCACCUCUUUGUGGAUUCCCUUGUGAACAAAGACAAGCAGAGCUUUGCCUUCCAAUGCACGGACUCUAGUCGUUUCAAGAAGGGCAUUUGCCUGAGCUGCAGGAAGAACCGCUGCAACAGCAUCGGCUACAACGCCAAGAAAAUGAGGAACAAGAGGAACAGCAAGAUGUACUUGAAAACACGGGCUGGAAUGCCUUUCAAAGUUUUCCACUAUCAGAUGAAAAUACACGUCUUCAGCUACAAAAACAUGGGAGAAACGGAACCAACGUUCUCCGUCACGCUUCAGGGCACCAACGGUGAUUCCCAGCCACUGCCUUUGGAAAUGUAUGAGCAGAUUGGCCUGAACUUCACAAACACCUUUCUUGUUUACACGGAAGAAGACGUUGGGGAUAUUCUGAAGAUCAGACUCACCUGGGAAGGGUCCAGUCAGACUUGGUAUAGUUUGUGGAAAGAGCUGAAAAGUUAUUGGGCGCAGCCGGAUAAUGCACACAAAGAGCUGCAAAUCAGGCGUAUCCGAGUGAAGUCUGGUGAAACUCAAAAGAAGCUAGUUUUUUGUGCAGAAGACCCCCAGAAGACCAACAUAUCGCCUGGCCAAGAGCUUUGGUUUGUGAAAUGUCGAGAAGGCUGGCAAAAAAGAAACGAAACUUUAUCAAUAUGAAGCUCACACUGAAACAUCUUCCUUGGAUGACUUUCUACAUUCAUCUGGGACCCUAACCAGCCAAAAUGAACCAAACAAGUCUAUUGAAGAAGAAGGAGGAGAAAAAACCAGCACUGACAAAAGAUGUUGCUGCAAACCCUUCUUUAAAUACAAAACAUGAACUUCUUGCUAGAACUUGAAAACAGUUUUCUAUUUAAAGGUGGAUGCCUUGGUCACUAGGCACUGUGAAUAAUAUUUCUGAGUCUCUCGUCAUAUUUAUGGCCUCAGUGGCAACCUUUAGAAUAACUUAUUUUUAAAAAGAAAAUAGCAAUGUCUACAACCUGUUACUAAGCUGGUCCUCUUUUUGGAGAGCCUGUCCUUGUAGGGCUAAGCCUACUUUGUGCCAAGCUUUGUCUGUAGGUGUGACUUACCACCAAAAAUAUAUUGCACAAUGUUACAAAAAAGUGAAAGAUUGGUCUGAAUACUCAGGCCAGUCCAUACAGUGCCAGCCUUUGGGCCUAUCUCUUUGUAGGCUGUACAAUUAUCAUGGCCAAAAUUCUCUAAGUUACUCCAGUGUAUGUCUUCUAGAGACAUUGCGGAAGGAGGUAUUCUGUACCUCCUUGUGCAGUACUUUUCCAUUGGGUGCAGAAAGGCAGCUUGAUGGCUCUGUGAAACAAUGUCUCUUCCCGAAUGAACAAAUGGAGCAGCCCUUGUGAACCAGGGAACAAAGAAGUAACUUCCGUCCAUGUUUGGAAGGGUGACAAUUUUGCCUUUUCUGCAACGAGAGGAUGAGAGGGAGCUGUCAGAUGUAUUCAACCACUACCUCCUUUUGCUAAUCCAAGCCUACCAGUUCAUUAAUUUAUAAUGUCUUGAACUCUAGCGUUAUAGCAAGAAGGGUAGGCAGUUUUGACAUGCAAGGAGAGAGAUCUUUGGGUGGAGGAGGAAGCAUCCAAACACUGUCAUCUCCUCCCCAAACAAGGUAUGAAAUAUGUCUUGGUCCCACAGAAUGGCCAGCUCAUUUGUGCCUUAGCUGCGAUUGUUAUGUUGCCACACGUAUUUAUAAAAACAGCCUGGAUUUCUUUAAAAAGUUUAAUAUGUAUAUAAUGGGUUUUGUAAUACACGCACCUCCCCUAUUUAUUAUUGUUUUUUUUGCAUAUCUCUGUGUCUGUAUAUAUGUAUAAAGAGUCAAGCCUUUUUUUUUUUUUGGAGUCUAACAAGUUUUUUAUAAGCUUGAAGCAGAGAAAUAAACUAAAUGACUUCUUUAAAAAAA